AUGGAGGGGUCAUCCGUUCCUUGUCCCGAAGCGGGGCACGAUGUCAACACUCGCACAGAUGAUUCAACCUCGCGCUCCGCGAAAUCAAUAGUCGUGAAGAAUCAGGAAACCAAUCAGCCCAAGAAUUCCAGCGCCUCUGACCCAGUUAGUCGAUACAGUGAUGCAGGUCUUGAUGAGGACGACGAUGUCAGGAUUACGCGCCAAGGAGACGUUGAACCGACUGAGAGCGAGAGGGAAAUUGAGAGGCGGCUGGUGAGGAAAGUUGAUUUGAGACUUUGCACUAUUGCGGGGAUCCUGUGCUCGUUGAAUCUUCUGGAUUCGGGGAUUAUUAGUAGCGCGAGCGUGACGACUAUUUUUGAGGACUUGGGAUUGGGUGUUGGGAAUAGAUAUUCUGUAUCAAUUUUGGUGUAUACGGUUGCUAGUGUGACUUUUCAAUUGCCUGCUACGCUUCUUGUGAGGUUUUUGGGUCCGAGAAUUGUGUUCUCUGGCAUCACCGUAGGAUUUGGGAUUGUGACUUUGUGCACUGCCUUCAUUACAACAUGGCGACAGAUGAUUGGGGUGAGGAUUCUGCUGGGUAUCAUGCAAAGUGCUAUCUUUCCAGGUCUCAGUUACCUCAUUAGCACGUGGUACACGAGGAAGGAACAGCAACUACGAUUUGCGUUUCUGCAGUCUGGUGAGGUCACUGUGGUUGGGCUAGGAGGCUUCCUGAACUUCGGACUCAACCAUCUCAAUGGUAAAGGAGGUCUUGCCGGUUGGAGGUGGAUGUUUCUAGUCCAAGGAUUGAUUGCCAUCGUGAUCGGUUUCGUAACUUAUCUCUGGAUCGUUGACUUCCCCGAGAACUCCCACAAGAGCUUCCGCUUCCUUACUCGCAAUGAGCAACUUCUAGCAGAGACGAGGAUUUCGGAGGACAGAGGAGAUGUGAAGCCCGAAACUUUCUCCUGGCGCCGCUGCCUUGUUCACUUCCUUGAUCCAAAGUUGUAUGGAUUCUGCAUGAUGUUCUUCCUUCUCAACUUGGUCUCGACUUCUCUCUCGUAUUUCUUGCCUAUUAUAUUACAGUCCGGAAUGGGAUUUUCAACAGACCAGGCUAUCCUGCUGUCGGCUCCACCGUACUUCUAUGCUGUCAUUCCAGUGAUCAUUUCAUCGAUCGUGGGAGACAGAUAUCAGUUGAGAGGUCUGGUGAUAACUUUCAACUGCAUUUGUACUGUGGUGGGGUUCAGCAUGCUAGGCUUUGCAAACCAGGUUACUGUGAGAUAUGUUGGCACCUAUCUUGCCACGGGAGCAUAUGUAAGCAAUUGGGCGGCUAUGAACGCCUACCAAGCUUCGAACAUUGUUGGGCAGUGGAAAAGAGCUACUUUUGCAGCAUCCAUUACAGCUUGCAAUGGGCUGGGAGGGAUAGCGGGAAGUUUUAUCGUCAGACAGCCUGAGGCGCCUCGUUAUAUGACAGCGAUAUGGAUCAGUAUUGGAUCUCAUAUACUGAUCAUUGGCAUUGUUGCGUUGUUCUCAAUAUAUUUCUGGUAUGUAAAUAGGAAGCAAAGAGAGGGGAGAAAGUUACUGGAGGAGACGAUCGGCUUUAGAUAUACUUUUUGA